GUGCAAGUCCCGUGAACUCACCGACUCUCACGAUAUGCAUAGCUCCAUAACAAAUAUGCUCAUCCAGUUGGCACUGAUUUUCUUUCUUGUUGGAGAAACACUGUCGCAUAAUCCGACCGAGCAACAAGUAGCAGCCAAUACACCCGCAAUAUCAAGCGUUGCUAAAGUACGUAAACCGCGACAAGCCGUGUCGGAAGAGCAAAGAAAGGCUAUUCGUGAAGGAACGGAGACAACGAAUGCGCUAUAUGGCGUUGCAGAUAUGCUGUACAAGCUUAGUAUGCCCAUAAGGCCUGGAGCAGUCGAAGGAAUGCUUGGAAUGCUUGGACCACUCGGAGUGGGAAUAGGAGCAUACGGAGGAAUGCCUGGAAUACCUGGAGCACCCGGAGGAAUGCCUGGAAUGCCUGGAGCUCCCGGAUGUUUCGUAUGCUAGAGAUGUAAUGGGAGCGGACUAAAGAAGGGAUCGCAUGAAACAUUCAUUUCA